UUAGUCUAGAGGACCACUUCUUAAAAAGACACUAAGAUUAGAUUUAAAGACCAGCAGAAAUAUCAGGGGGAGGGUUGAAUGGAUAAGAGCGAGGCAUCGAUUCACACACCCCUCCCCGUCUCUAUCUUUGCUGUCAUUUGGCUGCUGGUGGCCCCCGGACACACAGCCCAAUGUCGGGCCGCAGAGUCGGCUUCUGUCUCAGCGAUAAGAAACGCAGGAGGAUGAACCUUGGCGCUUUUGCAGACUUCUGUGCGGCCCAUGGGGUGGAGGUGGUGGAGAUUGACCUCACUCAGCCGCUGGUACCCCAGGGACCCUUCGACGUCAUUGUUCACAAGCUGUCUGACGUCAUCGUGGAGGCUGAGCACGACAGCCAAUCGCAGCAGCUGCUUUCCAACUUCCAGAGCUAUGUGUCAACUCAUCCCAAUACAGUUCUUCUGGACCCUCUGCCUGCAAUGACCAGGCUCCUAGACCGCUUUGCUUCCUAUAGGAUCAUGAGCAAGUUGCACAACUCACUCCGAGACUGGCGUAUCUGCAGUCCUCCUUACCUAGAGAUCCACAGUGCCAGUGACCUGUCAUCCAUCCAGCAGGCUGUCAUGGCCCAGGGCCUAAGCUUUCCUCUCAUUUGCAAAACUAGAGUGGCACAUGGCUCACUUUCCCAUGAAAUGUCUCUGAUCUUCAGUGCAGGCAGUCUCACUGACAUCCAUCCUCCCUGUGUGCUGCAGAGCUUCGUCAACCACGGAGCUGUUCUGCACAAGGUCUUUGUGGUAGGAGACAAACACUUCUGCGUAGAAAGGCCCUCACUCAAGAACUUCCCCUCCGGUCCCUGUGACAGGAAAACCAUCUUCUUCAACAGCCAUCAGGUGUCCAAGCCAGAGUCAAGCUCUGAUCUCACAGCUCUGGAUGAGCAGAUGCCGUGCCUCCCUCCUCCCAGCUCCCAGGCCGUGGCCGCCCUGGUCAGAGAGCUCCGAGUUCAGCUUGGCAUGGCCCUGUUCGGCGUGGACGUCAUCCUCAACAUUCACACGCACACCCUCACCGUCAUCGACAUCAACAUCUUCCCAGGGUAUGAGGGAGUGCCCCAGUUUUUCUCCUCUCUGCUCAGCCACAUUGAGUCAGUGUUGGACAAACAGACCUCUGUUUGCCCCCGGGCUACUAGCACUCCUAAGACAACACUGACCACAGGUGGUCCAUCUGCUGCUCUUUAAGUUGCCUCAGGAGCAGAGCACAGA